AUCCUUCAGUCGCUCAAAAAGCAAGAAGUUUCCUCACAACCACAACAUCAAAACGAGAUGGUCGUGUUAUGGAUUACACUGCUUUGUCUUCAUCCAGUAUAUACGCUGACAGCGGUGAAAACAGUUCAACUUGGGCAACCAGCAACUUUUACAUGUGUUGUACCUGAUGACUUCAACGGUUUACAAAUCUAUUGGUACAAGCAACAUCCUGGAGAUACUCUGAAUAUAAUUGCGACAUCAUGGUCAUCUACAGCACCACAGUUUGCACCAGGUUUAAAUUUAAGAUUUGACUUGCGUACUGAUAACAGUUUUAGUAACCUGACUAUUUUGAGGACAGUUGAAGAGGAUGAAGGAAUGUACCACUGUGGAAUCGCAGAGGUGCUUAAGACUAAAUGGAGUGGGACAUAUUUGUUAGUAGAAGGAAACACUGAGAGGACUGUUGUUCAGACAGUAUCAUAUCCAGUCCGUCCAGGAGACUCAGUGACUCUCCAGUGUUCAGUCCUCUCCGACUCUGAGAACAAGACGUGUCCAGGAGAUCUCAGUGUGUUCUGGUUCAGAGCUGGAUCACAGACAUCUCAUCCAAACAUCAUCUACACGGAUGGAGAUAUGAGUAAUAAAUGUGAGAAGAGAUCUGAGACUCAGAAGAGAUGUGUCUACAGCUUCUCUAAGGAUGUCAGCUCCUCUGAUGCUGGGACUUACUACUGUGCUGUGGCCACAUGUGGAGAGAUUUUAUUUGGAAAUGGAACUAAACUAGAGACUGCUCACGCAGCAGGUUCUGAAUUAGUUGCGCUGGUGAUAACAACAAUCUGCUUGGCCAUAUGUAUGAUCGCACAUUUUGUUUUCAUCUGUUGUCAAACUCCAAGAGCAAUGUGUGAACAAUAUGAAGGAAUAGAAAGCACCUCUUCACAAGUUCUAUUUGUCUGGCGGGAAAACUACAAGACAAAUGAAGCAGAAAAGGCUCAAGAGUGAAGGAAAUGUUUCUGUCCCUGGAUAUGUGAAUAUGAGUUUGUGUUUCUGUGGCCUGGUUUGUAUCACUAACCCUUUGUGUGAAUAAGAAAAAAUGUUGUGGGUUGUUAUUUUAUUUUACUUUAUUUUUUAGCAAGAAAGGGAUGUUUCAUGAAAGUUUAUUUUACAUUAACUUUUAUUUUAAGCUUGUUUUUAUUUUUCAUAUAAAUAUAUCUUAAUACCUAGACCUAUAAUGACAUAGUAAUAAUAUUAACUUUUUAUUGUAUUUCUUGUGUACUUUAUUAUAGUUGUCCCACAUUAUCAUAAUAGCAAUUGAUGUCUAACCAUCUUAAAAAUAAAUAAAUAAAAAGCUUUCUAUGAAGAAGUCUA